CCAACGCCGAAGCCGCGUGGAAAAUGCAAUGCACCAAUCACCAAAUUUCAAUUAAAAUUCCUUCAUUCCCACAAACAUCAAAUCCCCAAAUCUGCUUGAAUUGAUUAUCUGAGUGUACGAAGCAUGAGUGCGAUUUACUCGAACAUCGAUUUCCCCUCCGCCAAAGUCGUGCUCUCCACGGCGGCCUCCGUGGCGGCGACCCUCAUGGUAGUCCGGUCUUUGGCCAAAGACCUCCUUCCCAACGAGCUACAACACUACGUCUACACCAAAUUCCACUACCUCCUCACUUCCGCAUUCUCCAACGAGAUUACCCUCGUCAUCGACGAGUUCGACGGCCUCAACAAAAACCAGCUCUUCUCCGCCGCGGAGCUCUACGCCGCCGCCAUUUCCAGCCCCUCCAGCAGGACUUACCGCGUCUCCCUCCCUGAAAAGGAGAAGAAAAUCCGCGUCUUCUUGGGCCAGAACGAAGAAAUCGUCGACGAAUUUUGCAAGACGAUCCAUCUGAAAUGGAGAUUCGUGGCGGAGAAAUCUCAGCGGCGGCGCGACUAUCCGUCCGCCGCGACGUCGUCUGAAAUCAGAUCCUUCAAGCUGACCUUCCACAAGAAGCAUAAAAGCAAGGUGAUUGACGAGUAUUUGCCGUAUGUUCUAGAAAGAUCGAAAGCUCUCAAAGAAGAGAAAAAAACCCUAAAAUUGCACACUCUAAGAAGCGAGAAGGUCCAUGGGCCGGGGAUCACUCCAUGGCAAUCUGCGAAUCUCAAUCAUCCCGCGAAAUUUGAGACGCUGGCGAUGGACGAUGAGAUCAAGAGCAUGAUCGUUGAUGAUCUUGAUAGAUUCUUGAAGAGGAAGGAGCUGUAUAGAAAAAUAGGGAAGGCGUGGAAGAGAGGCUACUUGCUGUAUGGGCCGCCGGGAACCGGGAAAUCGAGCUUGAUUGCAGCAAUGGCUAAUUAUCUGAAUUUUGAUGUUUAUGACUUGGAAUUGACUGAUAUUAGGUCGAAUUCCGAGCUGAGAAAGUUGCUGAUCUCGACUGCGAACAGAUCGAUUCUUGUGGUGGAAGACAUUGAUGCAUCCAUUGAUCUGAGUGAGAGGAAAGCUAAGAAAGCUGCAGAGGCAUCACAACUUACUCACAUGUACCGACGAUACCAGUCUCAAGAGCCAAAGGUUACCUUAUCCGGAUUGUUGAACUUCGUUGACGGACUGUGGUCGAGCAUUGGAGACGAAAGGAUCAUCAUUUUCACGACCAACCACAAGGAGAAGCUCGACCCUGCCCUGCUGAGGCCUGGGCGUAUGGAUGUGCACGUGCACAUGUCCUACUGCACCCCCUGUGGCUUUCGGUUGCUGGCAAGAAACUAUCUCGGGAUCACUGAGCAUCAUCCUCUUGUGUUGAAGACGGGAGAGCUGAUAGGUUCGAGCAAGAUCAUGAUCACUCCUGCUGAAGUAGGGGAGCAGCUGUUGAAGAGUGAGGAUCCGGAGCUUGCUCUGCAAGGUCUCGUCAUGUUUCUCGAGGGUAAGUGUGAAGAGAUUGAGGUGGUUGGAGAGGAAUGUAAAGAAGGGAUUAGCAAAUUGAAGAUGAGUAAGAGCAGUGAUGAUGGGCUUAGAGAAUGGAAGGAAUCAGCAUCUGCAGAGAUGAAUGGGAGGAAGGAUGAGGCUUCAAAUGCAUUUGGAUUCCUUCAACAGGAGAUUGGGAAUUAUUCCGAGUCGAAAUUGGACCUUUGAGAGCGAAUGUGCAAGAAUUUGUGAGUGUGAGAGAAAAUGGGAUUAGAGCAGAGUGAGAUUGGUUCAUCAAUGUGCUAAAGUUUGCCCAAGUAGCCCCACAGAUUAUGUCAAUGCGUUAAAUCUAUUAAGGAGUAUAAAAUUAUAAUUAGACGCUUUUUAUUAUUAGGGUGUUUGACUUAAUUCUGUAUUAUAUUUGCUUUGUCGCGUGGGAUUCUACCUUGUUCAGAAUUGUUAAUUUGUUAGGACUUGUCCCUAAGAUUUAUGUUUUAGUCCAUUAAUGAAAUGCUACCAGGUUGUUUUGGAAAAUCAACAAAAAAUGAGGCGAGUUCCGAAA